AUGAUUAAAAGGAAAUACAAUUUGAAGUACUGUUGUGAUGACAUCUGCGUGUUCCCUAGUAGCACUUGGCUUAGCGGCAGCUGGGAAAAAUUCAGCCCCAGUUUCGGCUUAACGGCCAUUUCGACCUACCAGCUAAAGGUCCCCGAUGAGGAUCACAGAAAAGAUGAUGGAGACCCCUCGAUAGGGACGCACCAUGGGGAACAGAAAAAAAAGGGGAAGGUGUUCCUGUACCGACUAGAGGAAGACACCACUGAGGAUGGAGACAGAUCCGAAAUGAGCCCCCUCUUGAAGUACCACAGUGACAUAAACUUCCGCAGCGGCGUCCUCCAGUCGAGCUAUUUAUUCACCCACGACAGCCUCUUGCUGGGCAGCGUUUGCGUUAACGGUUUUCACUUGGCUCACAUGAAGGACGGAAGUCACCACCUUCUUUUCGCAACGCCAGAUGGAAGGAACAAUUCGGGGAUGAUCCACACCAUUCACAUUUUACAAUGCACUCCUUUUUUAGGUCUUUCCUUUGAUGCCUUUGAUGCAUCCCCCGACAAAGUCUUCGUUACGUUUAGCAAUGGGGACGUGUGCCUGCUCGUUGAUGGAAAGGCCACCCAAUUAUGGAAGGCCCAUGAGUACCACGUGUGGACGUGCACAUUUAACGGAAGUGAAAACGUAGUGACAACAGGGUCUGACGAUUGCUCCUUUGCAAUUUGGGACCUCAGAACGACAACAGCACCGUCAGAAAGGAAUAUAAGGUCCCACUCGCAGGGCGUCACGGCAGUCAAAUUCGACAGCUUCCGUCAGCAGCUGUACACGGCAUCGUACGACAACAAGAUUCGCAUCUUCGACGCGCGAAACGUGCAAGACCCCCUCCGAACAGUUGACGUGAAGUCCAGCAUAUGGCGCCUUAAGUUUUUGUACAAAGGCACGGACGUGAACGAACUCCUAGUUGCGGCCUGCGACGGUGGGGCUCAGCUAUUCAAGAAGAUCAACGACGAAUUCAUUUUUGAUAAGGGAAUCCGCAAUGGUAACGAACUGACCUACGGAAUUGACGCCAUUGACCUUCUAUCCAGGUAA